UUCUGAAUCCUCAACCUGGAGAGAAGAUUCUAGAUUUGUGUGCAGCACCUGGAGGGGCACCUCCAUUCACACCAGAAUCUUUUGACCGAGUUCUCCUUGAUGCACCUUGCAGUGGAAUGGGACAGAGACCAAAUAUGGCUUGUACUUGGACUUUGAAGGAAGUGACAUCAUAUCAACCGCUGCAGCGAAAACUCCUUUCCGUGGCAGUCCAGCUGCUCAAGCCGGGAGGCAUGCUGGUUUAUAGCACGUGUACUAUAACCCUGGCAGAAAACGAAGAGCAGGUUGCCUGGGCCCUCAGCACAUUUCCUUGCCUUCAGCUGCAGCCCCAGGAGCCACAGAUUGGAGGAGAAGGUAUGAUGGGAGCUGGCUUAUCGCUUGAGCAGUUGAGACAGCUGCAGCGGUUCGAUCCAUCUACUGCGAGUGAAAACAAAGAGGCAGCUGAUGAAAGCUUUUCUAGUUACCUUUGGCAGCAAGCUUCCUCACAUUCCCUGACUGCUCAAUGA